AUCCCUAGCAACUGUCAAAUUAUUUCGUGACGUCUCUGACUUGACUCUCGCUCGUAUUUGUUUGCACAAAAUUUCGCGAUAAUAUUAUUUCAAUAUAUUUUCAUCUUUGUGUAGAUUAAUACAGCAUUAACAGCAUAAUUCAGCAAACAUGACUUCGACAAUGCCGACAGAAGAACGCCGCCGAAGGGUGCUCUUAGGCCCCCUUCCUGCGGGCUUCCUCCGUGCUGAUGGAGCUACCGACACUGUUGAUGCAGAUUACCAGGCGGCCCUCGCUCUUCAACAGCAGUUAUGUGGAGCUCAAGUACCACCUGCUGGUCCCCCAUUAACAGCAAGGUUGAGCAUCACGAUAGCACAGGCUAAACUAUCUAAAAAUUAUGGUCUAACGCGCAUGGACCCGUACGUGCGGCUGCGCGUGGGGCACUGCAUAUACGAGACUCACACCGACCCCAGCGGCGGUAGGACGCCCAGAUGGAACAAGGUUAUUCACUGUUUGCUGCCCCCCGGUGUGAACUCCAUCUACUUGGAGAUCUUCGACGAAUGCUCGUUCACAAUGGACGAGCUGGUCGCUUGGGCACAUAUCACCAUACCACCAGCUGUUUUACAAGGAGAAACAUUUGACAAUUGGUUUGCUCUCAAUGGCAAACAAGGAGAUGGAAAAGAGGGUGUAAUCAACCUGGUCCUCAGUUACUCUGUGGGCCCAGCAGCGGUAGCAACAUUCCCCCCCAUGCUGGUGGUACCUAGCACCGGCAUGGGGUACGCCGCCAUGCCGAUGUACCCCGCCCCGCAGCCGCAUAUGCAGCAACAACAGCAAAUGCAACAGAUGCAGCCGCCUCCCAUCACUGCUGAGCAAUUGCAACAGAUCGAAGAAAUGUUCCCAAGCAUGGACAAGGAAGUGAUAAAAUCAGUUUUGGAAGCCAACGGCGGUAACAAGGAUGCGACUAUAAACUCACUGUUGCAAAUGUCGGAAUAAUAUCACUAUAUACGCAGUACGUAUCAUGACAUGUUAUAUAUACAAUAUACACUCGCAUAUUGCAUUAUAUUGACGUUUAGUCAACAAUAUUUAAUAACGUAUAGGUACAUUGUUAAAAUGAGAUUCAACUUUCAACCAUUUCAAGGUUAUAUGAGUAACGACCGAAUACUGAAACGCCACUCAAUCAAGAACUGUUCAGACAUCAUGUAACUCAGUCACACUUAAGAAUGUUUUAGAAAAGGCUAUUGUUAUAGCCUAUAUUAACUGGGUGCGCGGAAUAGUUGCCGCGGGACGCGGGUGAAACCGCUGUGGCAGCUAGUUAAAAAUGAAACUAAAGACAUGAAUUAUUUUCUCAACCUUCUAUUUAAAAUUGUGUGGCGUUUAAGUAUUCGACCAUUAUUCAAAUACACCUUCAUAAUUUGUUAUCCAAAAUAUUUAUAUAACUGGGCAGAAAUCCGUAAAUCACGUAGUUUGCACAUAUUUGUACUAAAAAUACUCUUAUCACCUCGUAUAGUUAAUUGUUUAAAACGCAUAAUUCCCCAAUUUAAUAUUUUGUAUAAAAACAGUAGCUCGCUUUUGAUUAGGAAAAGCAAUUUUGCAAGCGUAAUCUAAAUUUUAAAACUACGGAUUUCAGUCCAGUUUUUUAUAAGGUGAGUGGUAAUUGGUGAUCUAUACUUGAACACGUGUUUCUUCUCAUGAUUAGAGACAAUUUUCCCAAAAGAAACUUUUUAUACUUAUUAAUUUAAUCAAAAUAACAUCUGUUAAAAACUUUGAACUGCACUCCGAAAUUUCAGACAUCCCGUUUUGCACUCUGAGAGCGGGUAUUGGGUUGCCCGGGUAACUGGGUUGAGGAGGUCAAAUAAGCGGUUGCUUCUUGUAAAGUACUGGUACUCAGCUGGUAUUGUUUUGCUACUGUGAUUGAACUAAUGAAUAUAAAAAAAAAGUUUCUUCAGGUUAUUUUUUGUAAUCAGUCAUGAGUAAAAACAUUUGUUCAAGUUGGCUGUCUGCCAUUAAUUACCAGUCACCCUAUAUAAUCCCUAGAUAAGAGCAACUAUAAAGGCCAAUUCAAGAGUAUUGAAAAACACUCAUUUUUGCUACUUUCAGCAGUACUGAAAACGUUCAUAAACAUACUGUAUAACUUAUGUGAAGAAAAAUCUAGAAGUUUAAAGCUUUCGGCCUUAUUUUAGAAGCUGUAAGCAAUUUGAUACUAAAGUAUUGUAUAUAAUGUUUUAACCGACUAUCAAAAAAUGUGGUGCAAUCAUUGCGUUUAUUUUACUGAAUACACACUUUUUGUAAGAUGUUCAGUGUAUAGAAAACCUUAAAAACUUUUCUUAUUGUUACUGUAAAACUGUUUUUUUAUGUGGCAUACUAUUCUAUUUAGAUUUUUUUUUGCUCAAAAUUGCCAAUUUAAUUUUUAAUUCAAUUUUUAUUUUAAGUUAUUCCAAUUAUUAUGUGUUUAGUAUCUAGAUUAAUUACUAUUAUUGUGAUUUCUGUUAUAUUUUAAUUUUAAGUAAAUAAAAAUAAACAUUUGGCACUUUAAAUGCUAGUAAACUUGCAAAAAUCUAAAUAAAUAUCUAAGAUAAAAAUUAUUAUAUAUUAAGGAAUGUCCUAUUAUUCUAAAUAUACAUAAUAUAAAUAUCUACUUAAUCAUUAUUUAAUUGAAAUAUAAAAUCUUCAUAAUUUUGCGAUGUUUUUUAAGCUUUUGUGUCAUUCGUUACAAUUAUGUUAUCCUAAUAGUUGUAGUUAAGGUGCUUUAUAAGAGCGCUUUCAAACUAGCAGAUUUUCACGAGAAAACCUGCGAGUGUGAAAACGAUCGACGAAAGGUUAUGUUUUUAUCUUUAUCUCACUAGUUUCAAUCUGAGAUUCUCUUUAUUCAAAUCAUGAAACACUUUUAUAUAAUCGAAGUUUAUUAUUGUUUUUGUACUGAAUCAAUCUGUCCUAUUCUGCAGAACAAAUGUGUAAGCUACGAGAACUAAAAUAAUUAUAACAUUGUAUUCAUUCGUAAAAGUAUGACAAUUACACUUAAAAAGGUAAUCUGUAUAGCUCCGGCCUUACACGCGAAAGCUUAUACAAUUUUGUGCCAAAUUAUUUGCCAUCGUCGCAACAUUGCUUGAAUAUAAAUAUAUCAUUGUUGUAUUUAUUUGUAAUUUUACAAUGUAUUAUAAAAUGUAAUAAAUUAUUAACUACUUA